GUUGCGAAUCGCUCCGCGAAAGCGACGGUGACAUUUCGCGGAGCUCGAAGGGCUUAGAAGGUUCUUGUGUUAAGACCCCCUUCCCUCCCCUUGGGGAUGAAAAACGCUUCGCGUGCACUCGCGGAACGAGAGGCGGAUCAUCCGCACUCACGAAUUCCCAUUUUCGCGGAGGACACGUGAGCGCAAAGGGACUUACGCGAAUAUCGUUGACGUAUAAAGUUUGAAGAAUGAACAAACGUGCUUCGCGUUUCGUGUGCUUCAUCACGUUAUUCCGUGCGAGAGAACAGGUGCAAUGAGAGAGGGAGGGAGAGAGAGCGAUCUGAUCUUUGUUUCGUGUUGCACGCGCCCUCAGCGAGGAUUAGGGGUGGCAUGGUGACUUGUGAAAUUAGCGUGAAAGUGAUGUGAGCUUUGAGUAGCGUGGACUGAAAGUGCAUACUUUGUUCUUCCAACUGGCCAUAGAAGAUGAGAGUGUCGUUUGGAAAAAGCCAGCAAUUACAGAUUUGAAGUAGUCUCAUGCUUGAGGGAUAAAGAUCUAAUAUAUAUGUCAUGCUGAAAAAAAUCCUACACAUCCAUGAAAUGAGUCUCUCAAGGAUCUCGUGCGUGCUCUUACUGCUCGUGGUCUCCGAAACGAUAUCCUUCUCCAACUCGCUGACCGGGGAUCACGUGUGCUCCAGGAUAGAAAACUACACGGUCACAUCGUACGAGACCUACGCCGAGCCGGUAGUGGUCAACACGUUCACCUGGUGCCUGCAGAUCCCACCGAGAUGCCCGAAGACGCUGACGGAGCUGCGACAACGGUAUCGCGUGAAGACGGAAGAAAAAUCAAGGACUGUGGAGGAGUGCUGUGAGGGAUACAAGAUGCUAAUGAUUCACAAUGAUGCGGAAACGGAUGCGAGGUGUUUACCAUAUUGCAAGAAAUGUCUGGCGGGUGUAUGUGUCGCACCGAACGAGUGUAAAUGCAAUCCUGGGUACCAUGGAGAAGAUUGCUCUCUCGAGUGCCCGUCAGGCUCCUGGGGUCCACGGUGCAUGGGAGCGUGUAAUUGCGGCGAAAACGGCACUUGCGAUCCGGUAAACGGCACUUGUCGAUGUUCCCCGGGACGGCAGGGACUGCAAUGCAGAGAGGCUUGCGCAAUCGGCCGAUGGGGCUCAGAUUGUGCGAAUGAGUGCACAUGUCAGAACCGGAAUAAUGAUUGCGAUGCCGUAACCGGAAAAUGCACCGACGACGACGACGUUUCUCUAGUCGGACGAACGCCGCCCGUUUAUUUGCAGAGCUCCACUACCGAGCGUGUGCAAACAUCCAGGAUCAGUAACGUGGAGUAUACAGAAGUCUUCUCGGCACCACGCGAGACUACCGAACACCAGACGAAAGACGUCGACAAUUUGAACGACACGAAUUACGUUUCGGAAACGACGACGCCAGUAUCAGCUUCGUUCGCGAUUCCUUCUCAAAAAGCAACGGUGAACGUGACGCCAGGAAGAGAUCCUGCCACAACAGCCCGGUCUGUAAUUGUAUUGGUUUCCGUUCCGGAGCGCAAAAGGGACGUUGAAAAGAACAGGCAAAAGUUUCCUACGAAGGACGCUUUUCUCAGACACGUUCAGAGCGACGGAAGCGUUGGCGUGUCGGAUAUCGAUUACGUGAAGACCAUUCAUAAAGACGAUAUUCAGACACCGGCGCCGAUCCCGCUGGACAUCGCUCUGAUCGUCGUAGCUGCGAUCGUCUCCCUCGGUCUGACCUCGCUCGCAGUAGUCAUGGUCCUCCACAUGCGAUCUAAGCUGUUCGAAACCGUUCGCCUUGCCGUUUACGACGACGGGAAGAGCAAGAGCCGCGAGUGCGAAAGUGCAAACGCUGGAAGGAUGUCGACGGUGAUCAACUCCGCUCUGCCCCCACUUCCGACUCGUGCGAAUCCUGGAUUCACCAUCAAUGCCGAACCGGAAGCGAUAUUGACGGUCAACGGCAUCGAGUCAUUGAACACUUACGCUAACGGCACCGCUGCAAUCGGUCUCCGAAUUUCUGGUCUUCACGAUUUCUUACAAGACGGACAUUACGAUCGACCGCCGGCGACUCUGAUAUGUCUGCAAACCACGAACUUCGACCACAAUGCGGAACACGUUUACGAUGAGAUACCCUUGCAGACCACCCCGCAAUGCAGUCGCAAGGAUCUGUAACGGAGAACCGUCUUUUUUCGCCGCGUUCAUGGUCAAGUGCAACCGCAGUCAACAAUGCAAUACCAUUAAAACAAAAAGUAGACAAGGAAAAUGCACUAGGCGGUUUUUAAACGGAAUAUGGCCAACUAUCGCGGGUGGAUAAUCGAUGAAAAGCUAAUCGCGAAUCCAGUCGUGGUAAAAAAUACGCGGAAACUGGUUUCCGAUCUUACGUGGAAUCGCGUCGCGAACACGCAAGGCUGAACGUGACGAUAAUUGAGUGGACAAGUAGAAAAACAAGUCGCUUGAGCCGAUUGUACUGUCAGUGAUCACCAGCAAAAUUCAGCAGCAGCGGAGCGUGCUUACUUUCCGAAUCAACAGUUUGCAGUUUCGCGGCGGAGUGACGUCAAACGUCCAAUGCGCGAAUGCACUCCGAUUACGAUUGCGCGCAAUUAGAUGGAAAGUGCGAAAUGACAGAGUCCCGCGUACAACGAGCGGAAAAACACGCUGCGCCGACUGUCAUUAUACAAAUGGCACUAAGCAUGCCCGAUGCCGGAGCUAUCUGCUUGCUAAGUAGAGAUGUAGAAGUAAAUUGCCCGCGAAGUCGUUCGUCAAUUCGCAGUUCGCGGUGUUUGGUUUGAUAAUUCCGCUGUGAACACGAAUCGCGCGGUUUUGCAAAUAUUAUAAAUAUUAUGUAACUCGAUUAGUUGCGUCAGUUGAGAUUAAUUAUUAAUUAAAUAAAUUAAUAUUGAAUGAGGAGAUUCUUCUGCGCUUGCACUGUUAUUUACGGAGCAGAAUUGACGAUUAAAAGUAAUAAUGAGUUAUUCGAAAUUCGCGAUAACGAAUUUGUUAUAACAAAUAUUUGUAAUCAUUUUUCCUUGCCACAGUUAUAAAGAAGUGUUCUUUUUCGAGCGUGGAAACGCACGGAAAUUUUUCGAUGUGCACCGCCAACUGCUUUGACGAAUGUACGACAGUAACGAUGCACACAGUGGGUGAUAAUUUAAUCAAUGAUACGAAUUUAUUAUCAUAGAGGAAAUGCACUUAAUGACUUCCUGUAUUUUAAAUGAAACCAAAGAAUUAAAAUUCCAUUUUAUUACAAAAGCGAUGUAAUAUGUGCUGCGGAAAAACAAAAUGUUAAUUAUACGACAAAUUUUAAAUAGUUAUCUAUUACAGAUAAAAUAUAUAAAUAUAUAAGUAAGUUGCGAGUGUAAUAAAAUAUGUCUUAAAAUAGGCCUUUAUUUAUCUUAUCUUACAUAAAUAAUUCAUUUUAAUCUAACUUUAUUUAUACAACUAUAUACGCACAAAUUUAUCGUACACUAAAGUUCAUAUUGAUAUAGAUAAUUAGUGCGAAACUGCAUUGUUAGUCAAUAAUGACCGUCUCGUUUUUCACUCAAUAAAUAUCCUUUCAUUUCCA